UGAAUGAAUAACUGAACUUCAAUUUCGAAAUGAAUGAAUAUUGAGUGAACAAAAUUUUUUUUGAACAGGUAUGUUCCAAAGAUACUGAUCUGAAUACACUGUCUCCCAACAAUAUAAACUAAUGUUUAAUAACAUCACGUAGAAGCACCAAUUGUGCAAUUAUCCCACAUAACAUAAGUCUAGGCUCUUCGAAAAUUCUAAUUAGUAUUAUUCAUCAUUACUUUGAAACGCUCUGCUAAAAGAGUUUACAAAUUUGACCCGUCCAAACCUAUAUUUUAAAGUUUAAGUUAAAAGUUUAAGUUAAUGUAGUUUUAGUUAAAAUUUAAUAAUAAAGUUGUUUUUGUCUUCAUUAUAUGGCUUUUGAAAGGCGCUGCCCGUUGUGGAACUGACAAGACACAAGAUGCUCCUAAAUGUAUUACAAAAUUGGUCGAAAACGCUCUCUUUCAUCUCUUUUCUAAAUUACCACGGAAUUACCUUGCUAUUUAUUCUAAAAUUAUUUUCAGUAUUCGGGAAGCUAAUUACAUAGUUUAUAUCUUGGAUGAUGCCCAGACAAUUCCUUUUAAAUAUUUUAUUUUAAACUAAGCUAAUUAGCAAAUUUUCUGAAUGAGUAAAUACGAAUGAAUUAUGAAUGAAUAAUCUUAAUACAAUUUUAAAAUUAAUAUUAUGUUUAUUUAUUAAAUAGUAGGAACUACCCUAGCAGCACAACCCGAGAAUAACACGGGUUUAAUUGGAAUAAAGUCAUGGUACUUUCGGGUUGGUGUCAAAAUCGUGUAAUUUUUUUGAAAUACACGUAUUUUUCUCGGGUACAAAAUACCAAAAUCUUCUAAGCUGAUAAAACACGUGUAUCUUCUACUUUAAAACACGUAUGUAGAACACGUGAAUUUUUGGUUCCGACGCACCCGAGAAAUACCCGUGUUUUACUAGUAGUAAACUGGUGUUUACUUAUGACUCAAAUUCCUCCGAUACCGCCAAAUGUGAUCAAAUACCAGGCCACACUAUUCUCGAGCAAUUGUAAAAUUCUUUCUAAAUAUUAUUAAAUAUUUCUCAAAAUGAAAAAAUCUCGAGAUAGACAAGCGCAGAGAGAGGUUCAUAGUGCUGUAGCUGACUUUAAUUUGAUUGUGCGAACUAUACCCCCAUCAACAUCGUCAAACCUAAUUGAUAAUUCUCAGACCGUGGAAAAUACAUUACCUCCAGUAGCAGGUUAUACAUUGGAACUUGAAAGUGACAGCGAUUCUAGUAGUAAUUUAGUGCUAAGUGAAAGUGACGAACUUGGCAACAGUGAGGGGGAAUCAAUUACCGACUUGAGUGACUCGCUAAGAAAUUGGACAAUAAGUCAUAACAUAACGGCCGCUGCAUCUAGUGAUCUCUUAAAGCUCCUUCACAGUCAUCAUUGCUUUAAAAUCUGCCCUUGGAUAGCCGGACUUUCCUUCAAACACCUAGAUCGACGACACUUAUUAAUGUACCCCCGGGACAGUACUGUCGAUUUCAAUGGAAUACAUCUAUGCGCAAAAUAAUUUCACAAAUUAAUCUCAGAAGUACAAUAGUGAAAGUUCAAAUAAAUGUCGACGGUAUACCAUUGUAUAACAGGUCGUCCUGCCAGUUCUGGCCAAUUUUAGGCGCAAUAGAUGACAAUGUUUUUGUGAUUGGCAUUUACUCUGGCGAAGGGAAACCAAAUUCAGUGAACGAGUUCUUGUCACCAUUUAUUCAGGAGCUAAGGGAGGGUCCACACCAACUUCUAAUUAACGGUGUUGAAUAUAUAAUUAAAUUGAGUGCGCUAAUUUGCGAUGCUCCAGCACGUGCAUUUGUGCUUGGAACAAAGUGUCAUUCUGGAUACAGUUCAUGCGGAAGUUGCACUAUAAAAGGUAUGUAUUUCAAAAACCGUGUAAUAUUUCCAUAUGGGAUUCACCCCGAGAGAACAAACGAAUCAUUUCGCCAAAAACAUGACCCAAAUCAUCACAACGAUUCUACUGAUAUCGAGAAAACAGAGUUGGAUUUAGUAAACGACUCACCAGGAGAAUAUAUGCAUUUAGUGUGUCUUGGCAUUGUACGCAAGAUUAUAUAUUUAUUGGCGAAGGGUAAGAAGUGUCCUGCACGAUUGCGUCCUCAUCAAGUUGAUCAAAUUUCAAAAGAGUUAAAAAAAAUUAAGAAGUAUAUUCCGGAAGAAUUUGCUCGAAAACCACGCAAACUUAAAGACCUGGACCAUUGGAAAGCCACUGAGUUUCGUCAAUUCAUUUUAUAUACUGGUCCAGUAGUUUUGAAAAACAUAAUUUCCAACGAUCUAUACCAGCAUUUCAUGACUCUCCAUGUUGCAAUAUCUAUUUUAGCGGACCACACACUUCACGUCACUCAUAAUCAUUACGCAAACGAGUUGCUUCAUUAUUUUGUUCAGUAUUUUGGUAUUCUUUAUGGCCAGAAAAACAUGUCAUUUAAUGUGCACGGACUUUUACAUCUGGCAAAAGAUUGCAUUAAUCAUGGUCAACUUGACAAAUUUAGUUCAUUCAAGUUUGAGAAUAAGCUUCAAGAAAUUAAAAAGUUGGUUCGAUCCACAAAUAACCCCUUACAGCAAGCCCAUAGAAGACUGUCAGAGAGGGAAACCCAAGUCUCCAAUCCAGCCACCUCCACACCGCCCGUGCCAUGCCUUCGCUCUCUUUGGUCUUAUCAAAAUCCUCCUGCCCAUCUCAUUAGAGGUUCUUUAUUUUAUAAAAAGUUCCAACAUAAGUUGUUUAAUUUAAGUGUUAAGUGUAGCGAUCGAGCUUGUGAGAUAAGAGACGGCACUACUUUGGUCGUUGAAACAUUUCUGAAGAAGGACGGGAACGAUUUAUUUCUUGGACGAGCAUUUCAAAAUAAAGUCAACUUUUACAGUAAUCCCUGUGACUCAUCUAUUGUUAAUAUCCAUUUAGUAUCAAGAUUGGGACCCCUCAAAUGCUUAAAUUGUAGUGAAAUAGUGAAAAAAGUAAUUUUGUUGCCGUGUGGAACUGCAUAUUUUGCAGCGCCCCUCAUUCAUCUUUCUGAUCAAUCAUGAGCGACGACAGUUUUGUCUUAGUUAAAUUUGAGGAGACGAAUGAAAUUGAAGUUGUUACAACUGCAUGGUUACGUCAAGAUGAUACUAAAUGUGUGUGGCCGAACUAUAAAAAUCCAAAUCGAAUUGUAAAAUCUGUCGGUCUUCACAUGGCUGCCGAGGCAAACUGGUCACUUCACGAAGUCAAAGUUCUUGGAGGUGGACACAAAUUUGGUACAUACCACGAGGCGGUCAAAAAGCUCCCCAAUGUGAUGGACCAGUCUGAUGCAGAUAUCGGAAAUGGGGAUGGAAAAUCAAGGAUACGACGGGAGAAGGGAAAACUUAGCGACAGUUCUGACAGCGACGUAGGGGAAUUAUUCAAGUCAAAUAUUAUGCCACCACCACCAAGGAUGAUAAUCAAUAGUGAAAAAACUGUGAACUCGCUCGUCCCAAUGAUCGAGUCAACAAAAGAGCGACCAAGUCGAAAAACAACGGACAAGAAAACUAAAGCUGCCUUCAGCAGUUUAAAUAUGCCGUUUAAGUUGUGUUUAGUGAACCAAAAGAGCAGCGUGUCGAGCGGCAGCAAAAACGAGGAUAUCAUAGUUGGGAACCCGGAUCCGGACAGGGUGAUUGCAGUUGCCGGAAGUUCAACAAAUAGCGACCAUGUCGAUUUAGACGCAACAAGCGAGUUAACCAAGGUUACAAUUCCUGCGACGAUGCGAAAUCAUUCCUUGGAGGAUGAAGGUUUAGUGUCUGGAAAUCAAUUUCAAAGUUGGGUGGUGAGAAACAUUGCCACUUUGAAAGUUCAAACCCGAAAUAUCCAGGACACAUUGGACGCCAUAUUACUUAAUCUGGAUGCAAAGAACAAACCAGAAGAAGCAAUUCGUCAUCAAAUUCCAUUAAAGAAUAUAGAAGACGUGAGGAAUGGUGCCAGUUUCUAUGAGGUUUCAGUUAACCGAGAGUCGCUGGUGACCCUAUUAAGCCGGGGUGGGGGGACAAAAGUUUCAAAGUGCACACGUCGUGUUUUAUCCAACCUUUGCGAGGAUCAGUUGAUCAUAUCUUACAAUUGGAUUGGCUCAAGGGGGAUAAAAUUUGCUUUUCGCGAUGCAUGGAUGAAACAAGUAGUUUGUGAUUCAGUUCGGCAGAGUUUGAGACCAAAGUCGGUGUCAGAUGACGAGAUAGAAACGGUAAUAAAGGAGUAUCUCAAAUCGACUGCAAAAAAACUGAAAAAUUCUGUUGACAGAGAUGUUGCUGACGGUGGAGCCGAGUUUACCAACGAGGAGGGUUAAUUUUACUUGAAAUUUUUGAGAUUGUAAUGUGGUUUUUUAUUUAACCAAUAAAAUUAAAUGUAGUCCACCUUUGUACGAGUGAAAUUGGGUAAUUUUGGGGGCAUUUAUUUCGCAUAAAACACGUGUUUAUGGAAUUUAUACACGAGAUUUAAACGUGAUUAACACGAGUUAUACACGAGUUUUCUUUGCCUGCGACACGUGUAUAACACGAUUUAUACCCCCAGUUUAACCCACCAAAACGGCGACAAAGACCCCCAAAAUAAACCGGCUUUUACACCAAUUCUACACGUGUUAAUCACGAGAUCUCGGGGUGGAUGAUUCGUGUUUUUCACGGGUAUUUCACGGGUUUGUGCUGCUAGGGUAGUGAUUCUAACAAUUCGACUAAUUAUUAUUUUUUGCAUUUUAGAAUUUACAGGUAUUUACAGAGGGGGCUGAUGAGGGGGAGUCACAGCCUUAAUUGUAGGUUACGAAAUUUCUAGAGCGAAUUAUCCCCAGACUAACAUAUGUUCCGCGGCAUCUAAAUCUAAAUUUUCGUGCAAUAUAUUAGCUCAGAAAUUAUGAUUUUGCCUCUCGGAAAUUUUCAAAAUUGUGGUUUUUAAAAUAUAGUUAAUGUCAUAAAUGUUAUGUAUAAUAACACGCUUUUUUUACAUACAUACAUACUAAUUAUAUCGUCACCUGGCCGGCUACAGCAUACAAUUAUCAUCCUCUAUCUUAUCUUAAAUCAUUUAUAUAAUUACUAUAUAUAACUAUUAACUUAUAUAUUUACCCAGCUUGGUCUGUCCGGAACGCUAAUCCCUGCCAUGUUCUAUUUUACAUUGCUGGGAUAGCAAAAUGGGAUACUCAUAUACUACGUCCCCCAUAUCUGGCUGGUGUAUGCACGACUCGCUAGGCUGUGGCUGCCCUAUGAGGCGUGUCAGGGCCGCCUUCAAAACAUGUGGCCUGUGUUUGCUACACACUCGCUAGACAAUUGAGGCUGCCCUAUGAGGCGGACGCAGACGCGGACCCAUAUGGUCCGCGUCUGCAUCCGCGUGUCAGGGCCGCCUUCAAAACAUGUGGCCUGUGUUUUCUACACACUCGCUAGACAAUUGAGGCUGCCCUAUGAGGCGAACGCAGACGCGGACCCAUAUGGUCCGCGUCUGCAUCCGCGUGUCAGGGCUGCCUUCAAAACAUGUGGCUUGUGUUUGCUACACACUCGCUAGACAAUUGAGGCUGCCCUAUGAGGCGGACGCAGACGCGGACCAUAUGGGUCCGCGUCUGCGUCCGCGUGUCAGGGCCGCCUUCAAAACAUGUCGCCUGUGUCUGCUAAACUGCUAAACACUCGCCAGAUCGUAGGCCGAGAUUGACCGCACUCACAUGGACAGGUUGCCCUAUCAAGAAGUAGGAAUCACAAUCAAGUGAAAGUUUUUAUUCAUAGAAAUGCACAACAAGGAAAUCUGAUUCGUGAUAAUCGUCAGUUUACCAGAAAUGUUGUAUUCAGAGAAAUCUUUAAGUGAUUCAUUGUCUGUUAGUUCUUGGUUCUAAUGUAUAAAGAUAUGUAAGUGUAUCUUACUCUUGACGGUUUUAGUGUUAAACUUCAGUUUUUGUUAUUGACGCACAAUUUGAUGGGUUUGAUUUAACGUCUUUGAUUUAUACGAUGAAAUUUCAUAGUAGAAAUUAACGGGGUGCCACGGGCACCAUUAAAUCGCCUAGUAUCAAUAUAUUAUCUACAUAUAAUGUAAAAUUGUGUGUAGAUAUAUCGCACAUAAUUAAGCGAAUAAGUUGGAUCUAAUUUAAGGAAGGAAUUUAUCCUAUAUAAAGAUUUUUAUCCUAUGCGUAAUCACUUCCCUGCAAAAAUGACAAUUUUUCAAUCCCCCGGAACAUUUCGCACAGCAGGUAUGCC